CACAUUUAAAACAUAGUUGUUUUAGUAGGUUUUGGCUGACUGGAAGCAGAAAUAUGAGGAGGGUCAGGCAGAGCUUGAAGGAAGUCUUAAAGAGGCUCGUUCUCUCAGCACUGAGCUUUUCAAGAUGAAGAACUCCUAUGAAGAAACUCUAGAUCAUCUGGAGACCAUGAAGCGUGAAAACAAGAACCUCCAACAGGAGAUUUCUGAUCUGACUGAACAAAUUGGUGAGACCGGAAAGAACAUACAUGAGCUGGAGAAAUCCAAGAAGCAGGUGGAGACAGAGAAGACUGAGAUCCAGUCAGCCCUUGAGGAAGCUACGGGAACUCUGGAGCAUGAGGAAUCCAAGAUUCUGCGUGUCCAGCUGGAGCUGAACCAGAUUAAGGGUGAGGUUGACAGGAAGCUGGCUGAGAAGGAUGAGGAGAUGGAGCAGACUAAGAGGAACAGCCUGAGGGUCAUUGACUCCAUGCAGACCACUCUUGAUUCUGACGUCAGGAGCAGGAAUGAGGCUCUGAGAAUUAAGAAGAAGAUGGAAGGAGAUCUGAAUGAGAUGGAGAUCCAGCUGAGUCAUGCCAACCGCCAGGCUACUGAGGACCAGAAGCAGCUGAGAAAUGUUCAGGGACAACUGAAGGGAUGACACCAAGGAUGAACA